UCUCGGUUACGUUCUCAAUUAAAUGAUUAUUAUUUUUUAGUUUAUUUUGACAAAGCAAGCAUUGAGUUUUACCCGUGUUCUAGGAAGAUCGCGACUAAUUUUGUGCAAUGAUCGUUUUCUUUACAGUACGAAAAUAGGGAAAGUGUGUGUGCUUAUAGUAGAUCUGCCAUGAUAGAUCCGAACGCGUCUUCGUCUUAUUCCAAAAAAGUCAGAGGUUGUUAGCAAAAUGCGUGAUUUGUAUUGUCAGGAGAGCUUUUUAAAGUAACAGUACGGAUUACAGAAUGGUGGUGGAUUGCUUAUCCAUUCAAGGCUCAGCAGCUAUAGUACGGAAGCAGGAGCGAAGAUUAGGCGGGUCAGUGGGUGCAAAAAUGCAACCUAACAAUGUUGGUAGUUGCGGCGGGAUGACACCUAAAGAACUUUCCGACAAUGAUGACCUGGCUACUUCACUCGUGCUAGAUCCUUAUCUAGGGUUCACUACUCAUAAAAUGAAUAUCAGGUACAGGCCAUUAAAAGCAAAUAAAGAUGAACUUCGUAAAAUUAUUUGUGAAUUUAUUCAAACACAAAAUUAUGAAAAAACGUAUAAAAAAUUAAUGGGUGGGGAUUGGGGCGCACGACUUCCGCACACAAAAUCAAAACAACAGCAGACAAAUUUGGAGACACAUAUUUAUCGAUAUUUAAGAGUUUUUGACAAGGACUCGGGAUUUGCAAUUGAACCCUGCUACAGAUAUACUCUAGAAGGCCAAAAGGGUGCCAAAAUUUGUGCAACUCGAAAAUGGUUGAAACAUGACAAAAUAUCUUGUCUUGUUGGGUGUAUUGCCGAACUAAGUGAAAAGGAAGAAGCAGCAUUACUGCAUCCUGGAAAAAAUGAUUUCUCUGUAAUGUUUAGCUGUAGAAAAAAUUGUGCACAGCUGUGGUUAGGUCCGGCAGCAUACAUUAAUCACGAUUGUAGAGCUAACUGCAAGUUUGUGGCAACAGGGCGAGAUACAGCUUGUGUUAAGGUUCUACGUGACAUUGAAGUAGGAGAAGAGAUUACAUGCUUUUAUGGUGAAGAUUUUUUUGGGGAUGGUAACUGUUAUUGUGAAUGUGAAACUUGUGAAAGGAGAGGAACUGGAGCUUUUGCAAAUCAAAAGCCAGGAGAAGAACUUUCCUCUGGAUAUCGUCUAAGGGAAACAGACAAUCGUAUUAAUCGCACGAAACAUAGGCAGCAGCCAUUAAGUCGCAAUAAACAACAAGCUGAUACUGCGCUUACAGAGAGAAAUGCAGUGCUUGUCGGUAAUGCCGCAAUAGCACCGCAAAGUCUUAGUAUGAAGGAGUUACGGAGAAAGGGUUUAACAAAGUAUGACGCGGAAUUAUUAAUUGCACAGGGAUGUCGAUUUUCUGAUAUCACUCAGCAGCAACCUAUCAUAAACAAUGGAGAAAACCUGCUACAGACGUCACGUCCUCAUCCUUCUGCCAUUACUAAUUCUGUAACAAGAAAUUUACGAAAUAAACAGCUAAGUAAAUUUGAUAGUAACAAUGGUCAUCAGAAUAAUGUCAAAAAUAAUCAAACUCUUAGGGCCUCCAGGCUUCAUAAAAGAACAGAAACCAAGAAGAGUAGAGUCUCUGAAAAAGCUAGAUCUUCUUGUUUAAAUGGUACCAUAGCAAAAAAUAUUGAUAUAGAAGAUAUAAGUCAUCGUAAAGAAGACUCUGACAGAGUAGAAGCGGCCGAAGAAGUUAUGUAUUCUAGACUGCAUAAGCCUCAUUCUGAGAGUAACUUGGAUAAAAAGGUUCACAAUGUUUGCCAUGCUGAGAUCUUGCAUCACGACACGCUGGAACAAUCAACUUGUUCUAAUUUUAAAAGAGAAUGUUCACCUACAUUUGUCAAAGAUAACAGAGAAUUGGAUAACAAAUUGACAAACGAAAAGGAAGUAACUGAUAUUACUGUAGAAGUGAAUUCUAUUUCACCAGAUAAUAUUAAUGUUUCCGAUUCUAUACAAAAUCAUUAUAGUACAAAUACCUGUGAUUCAGUUCAUAUAAGUUCUAUAUCGAAAACUCGUUUAGAUCAUUUAUAUGAGGCUAGUAGCAAAAAAUUAAUUUCGCAAGAUAACUGUCAGUCAAGAACAUUUCAUUAUAGUUUGCCCUCGAUAGAGAAUACUGAAAAUGUAAAGAAUGUUUCUACACAGGCAAUAGAAUCGGGCAAUUGUAUCAAAAAAUUUCUAAAAUUUGAAAAACAAGAUUCAAACGAAGAGAAAGAAGAUAACUUUGAAGGCACGCACGAGAAACCUUUUUGCGAAACUGAAGAACAGACAUCUCUAAUACAUGUAAAAUCGCCUAAAAAUUUAGUAUUUACAGAGACUGAUACGACAAUUUCUACAUCGCUUGAUGCACAAAAAUCUAACGAGGAAUGCAAAAGAAGCAACUUCACAAGUUCAGCCGCAUUGGUCAACUAUUUGGUAGAAAAUGAUACGGACAAAUUUGCUACGUUUGUUUCAGAUUCUGAAAAACCUACAAUUAAAAAUGAAUUUAACGAAAUGAAUUUUGUUAAGGAAAAUUUUAACGUAGAAAAUAACGAAGCGAACGGCUUCGAAUGCCAUGGUACAGUAGUAACUCAUCAAAGUGAUUCGAUACUUAAAAACAAUGUAUACAUAGUAAAUGUCGCGAAUUCUUCUGAAAUGAAUUUUAAAAAAUCUGAAAUGAUCGAAACCUUGGCAACAGAUAUUGAUUCUCGUAUGCGCCCGUGUAAAGAAAGUAAUAAGAAUUUUAGUAUAAUGGCACCUAAUAAUUUCAGUGACACUACCACUCAUAAUAAUUUUGAAGAAGGUCGCAAUUUUAUUUUAAAUCAAUCUGUGCAAGCGAAUGAAGUGUCGAACACAAUAUUAAGAUCUCACAAAAGCCGGAAAAAACUGUUAAAUGAUAAAAAAUCUAUAAGAUCUGGUUUAAAAGAGGAAUUGGGAACUGUUAUAGAACACAAAACAGGCGAAAAUACAGUUGCAUGUAUUUCGAAGAAUCGUAAAGUUGGUAAAACUAAAAGCAGAUUAACAAGAAAUCAAAAAAGGGAUCGACAGAAAAUAGCAACUACCGAAAUCGGUGUGGCUGAUGACGAUUCAGGGAUUCAAGGUGAUAUUUACGAAUUUAGUGAAAAAGAAAGUAAUCUGGAGGAUAUUAGAAUACCAUCAAUAAUGCGACGAGGUAAGCAAGAAGUUCGUCACACGUCUGUGCUCGCUUCGCAUUUACAAGAAAUGCAAUACAAUGACGAAUGCAAUAAAAUUGAACCUCCAGUAUUAAUCCCGCAAGAGCCAUGGCCGCCUGCUACAAGUUGUAACCAAAAUCAAUCUGCAGAUUCAGACGCUAGUAGCCAAUCAAGAGAGAAUUCUGUUGAUAGCGACAGUCUGAAGAGAUUGUCAACUUACAAUAACGACAGUACACAGAAGUCAACAAAUCUCUCAGAAUGCCAAUGGCAAACAAAUAACUCAAAUUGUCAAGUUUGCCCCAAUACUCCAGAAAGGACCGGCAGAUUGAAACUUACACUUCGCAUGAAACGUUCGCCAGUUUUAGAAGAUAUUGUGGAAUCAGGAACAAGCCUGAGCGAAGACAGUUACGAACCUGAGUAUGAAGUAUUACGCGUGGAAGGAGUAGAAAGAAGUAGACGUAAAAAAAAGCAUAAAACCCGAGAUCGCGAAAGACGGCACAAAAAACGCGAUUUAAACCUCGAUCCCCCUCCACCUCCGAUGAAAAGGUUGCGCUUGAUUUUUGGCAAUGAAACACAUACCAUUGAUUUUCCACAUUCUUAACAGCUAUAAAUAGUAAUUUGUGGUUUCAUUCAGAAUAAAUUAUAAACACAAUUUAGGUGUGUGCGAAGACAGGCCUCCUUGUCCUGUAACAUUAUUGACUUUUUAGAGGUCUCACAAAAGUAGAAAAAGACUUUUAAGUGAUAAAAUGCUGUCAUAAGAAUCAGUGUAGAGUCUUAACGGUAAAAAUUAAUAUCUUUCGUUUUUACGUUACUCUUCGCUGUUUAAAUUUUCCCUUGCCUCUUAUUCUUCUAACAACGAAUGGUUACAGGCCUAAAGUUUUUCUUAAAGAAAAAAAAGCAAAAAAAAUGUUUCGAUGGAUUUUGGAAUGAACAAGCGUUAGUGUCUGAUUUAUUUACUAUACAGUAAAUACUUAACGAAAAAUAUUAUAUAGUUCUGUCUGAAAUAGAUUACAGAUAAUCGUUUUAGUUGGUCGGUCAUUCAUGAUAAAACUAGUAUAUUACUUUAUGUUUAUGGUAAUUGCUUUUCCAUUAAUAUUUUUGUAUAUAUGAUAAUUUUUUAUAGAAGAGACUGGCUUCAGAAACUAUGGUCUUUCAAAUUCAUUUUACUUUCAGCGGUAACAAAUUAAUUUCACUAAACAAUUUUUUACUAAUAAAAUAUUUAUAUCAUACACAAAAUUUACAUAUAAUAGGAUAAUGAACAAAUUCAGACGACGAUGAUGACGAUUACCCUUCCUACUGUUAAAAAUUAGGAAGGAAAAUACUGAGUUGAGCUAUUUCUAAGCACUAUUUCCGUAGAUACAGAGGACAAA